CCUCCCCAUAUCCCCCCUCCCCUCCGAGCCCGGCAUGGCGGAGGCCGCUCAGGGCCGCGUACAGGAGGCGGUGGAGAACGUUGUGCAGGAGCUGGAGCGGGACAGCAUCCGCGGCAUGCAGGCCAUCAUGUUCCACUGCAGCGCGCGAUGCUGCGAGGACAGAACAGCCUCCAUGCAGCAGGUGCAGCGAUGCAUCGAGCGCUGCCAUGCACCCCUGGCCCAAGCCCAGGCCAUCGUCACCGGCGAGCUGGAACGUUUCCAGGACCGCCUGAGCCGCUGCACGCUGCACUGCUCUGACAGAGCCAAGGAUGCCCUGGAGGCGGGCGGUGGGGAGACAAGGGCACGCUCCCAGCUCGACGCCUGCGUUGCUGCCUGUGGGGACGAGCACCUACGCCUGGUGCCAGGCAUGGCCAAGAGGAUGCGGGAUGGCUUGGCGGCCCUACAGCACUAGCGGGUGCUGUUGGGGUGGGGGAAGGUGGUAUUAAAGGCAAGGAGCUGCA